AUGGCCCACUUCUUCGAGAUGCAAGCUAGAAAAGAUGAGGUGGUGAAGAACUUUUUUGCCAGAACGCAGGAUGCUAGUGACUCACUCCCGUUGGAGGUGGCGGCAGUCACCAAAAUCCAGUCCGUGCAUCGAGCUACUCAAAUCCGGAUCAUCUACCACGCCAUCGUUGCAGCAGCGAGCCUCAUCCAACGUAUGGUGCGUGGCUGCCUGGGUCGCAAAAAGGCUCGAGAGGUCAGCGAUGAGCGAAAGAAUCGCCUCAAACUGCACUUCUUCCAUCAUUGCGCCUGCACGAUUCAGAGGGUCUUCCGUGGACGCUGGAGCCGAAAGCGCGUGCACAGCUUCUAUGGCCGAAAGGUCUACUUGGAGAAGGUUGAAAAGCGCGGCGUGUGGACAAAAGCAUUCCUCAUUGAGGAACACAAGGAGAAGUUGGCAGCGGCAAAAAUUCAGGAGGAGCAAAAGGUCAAAGAGGAGCAUCCUACCUGA